UAUGAAUAUAGAUGGAACUGUUAAAUUGGGAGAUAUGAAUGUCUCUAAAGUUGCAAGAAAAAUAUUACUCUACACUUAAACUGGAACACCUUAUUAUGCCUCUCCUGAAGUUUGGAAAGAUUAACCUUAUGAUUCUAAAUCUGAUAUAUGGUCAUUAGGAUGUGUCUUAUAUGAAAUGACAACAUUAAAGCCUCCAUUUCGAGCAGAAGAUAUGAAUGGUUUGUAUAAAAAAGUAGUCAAAGGAUUUUACCCAAAAAUACCUACAAUCUAUAGUUAAGAUUUAAAUAAUGUUAUCAGGACUUUGUUAUAAGUCUAACCACAUUUAAGACCUAGUUGUGAUAAAAUUCUAUAACUAACUGCUAUAGUAAAUAGAUUAGAUGAUAAAGUUUUGGUUGAAGAAGAGGGAGCUAAAUUUUUAUUAUAAACAAUAAGAGUUCCUAGAAAUAUGCAUUAUUUAACUGAUAGAUUGCCAAAACCUAAUUAUAAUCCAAUUAGAAUGACAAAAAUUGAUAAAUAAUAGUUUAUCUAAACUUUAGCUAUAUAGAAAUUGAAUUAAGAAAAUUUGGAGGAAAAUCAUUCAUUACAUGUUGAUUUUUUACCUCGUCUCAAUAAAAGAAAUGAAGAGAGUCUUGAUAAUUCAGUUGUUUCAAGAAAUAAUAAAAAAAAUGAUGAUACUUAAUUGGAUAAUGUAACUAAUAAAAAUAAUUAAAUAAAUUAAAUUUAUGGAUUAGGUAUCCAUCCUAAGAAAAAAGAAUAAAGAAUUUCUAAUAAAUCUUAAAAACAUGAUAAUCUAAAAGCAAUAAGAAAAAAUGAAUUAGAUAAUGAACUUAAACCUUUAAUUAUAAAAUCGUAAAAUAUUCUUUCAUGAUAGUUAUAGUCCUAAAAAUGCAAAUGAUGAUAGAUAGCCUUUAUUACCACUCUUACCUAGUAUUAAAAAAGAUGUUUCAAAAUAAAUUGAAAAUGAAUAAUUGAAAAAGAUAAAAUAAACAGAAGAAUUAAUUUAAUAAUUAAAAGAGAGACAAUAGAAAUAUAAGAAAAUUCAGAAAUUAUGA